UACGUGAAUGCGGCAGUUGAACGCAUCAGCGUUCUGGCCGUAGGUGAACGGUAGAGGUCUGUGUACAGACCGGGACGGACACCAACAGGGCCGCUGGUAUUUCCAGGGCAGCCCCAGGAAGACGAAACAAACAUGGGGAACGCGGAGAGCGGCUGCGGUGGAGGCAGCGGCGACGAGGAAGACAUAGAGACGGAGAGCCCCGGUUUGGCGGAAGACAGCCCGGCCUCUGCGGCCACUGGCGGCGGUCUCGCCGGAGGUGGAGGAGGCACCGGUUCUGGAAGAAGCGGAAGGGGAUCGAAUAACCUGCCCGCACACACCGGCGGACCACCCGGGCCCGGGGUUCUCUUGGAGCAAGUGAAACUGAGAGAGGCGGCAGCUCGUGUCAGCGACUCGGGGGUUACCAUUCAUAAGUCCGUCCUGUCCGGGAACGAGGGUGUCCUGAUGCGGUGGCUGGAGGACCGGUUAAACCGAGGAGAGGAGACGGUCAAUGUGGAACAGUUUCGGGAGAUGUUGGAGAGCAGAGAUGCCCCGAGGGACGAAUGUGAGGAGGCCUUCGGACAGUUUGACGCAGAGGGGGACGGCGUGGUGGACAUAGAGAGCAUGCUGGUUGCCCUUAAGAACUCCAACGGAGCUAAUCUACAGGGAGAGCUGAGUCAUGUGAUAAGACAGCUGCAGGCGUGCUCCCUAACGCCAGGUUUUGUUGACAUUUUUUCCAAGAGCAAAGACCGACUGGGAGCACACGCCUCUAAGAUCUUGAAGUUCUUGCAGAGAAAUCGUAUUCCCAGCAGUUCCAUUCCUUUCCCCAUUUUAGAGGGCUACAACAGCAUCUGCACCAUGAGGGCCAGCGUGGUCCAGGACUUCCUGGAGUUCCUGCUGCAGAAGGAGAAAGAUCUAGACAUCCAGUACAGAGCAGAACUAGAUCGUGAUCCAGAUGUAGAUAAGGUCAAAGUGGUUACACAGUGCUACAGCUCAAUAGAGGCUUCUUCCAACGUCGCUGAUGUCUACAAGAUGUCCAACGGGGAUACGAUGUCCUUCUGGCAGUCUGACGGGAGUGCCCGCUCACACUGGAUAAGACUGAAAAUGAAACCAGAUGUGGUCUUGAGGCGUCUGGCCAUUGCCGUGGCGUCCAAUGACCACAGCUACAUGCCCCAGCUAGUCUCGGUGUCUGUCGGGAAAAACCGGCGUUCGCUGCAGGAGAUCAGAGACAUCCGCAUCCCCAGCAACGUGACAGGCUACAUAGCUCUACUGGAGAACGCCAACAUCACACAUCCCUACAUUCAAAUCAACAUUAAGCGGUGCCUGAGUGACGGAUGUGAUACACGGAUUCACGGCUUGAAGACACUGGGCUAUCAGAUUACCAAGAGUAAAGAGGUGUCUGUUUCGGAUGCUUCAGCCAUCUGGUACUUGUCUCUCCUCACCUCUUUGGUCACAGCAUCCAUGGAGACCAACUCUGUUCUGGCUCAGACUGUCCUUCAGAGCACACAGAAAGCCUUACAACACAUGCCUCCGUUGUCUCUGACGCCAUCAUCCACAGAGUUCCCCAAGUUUUUCUCUCUGAACAUCUUGGAGGAAGUGGAUGGGUUUCUCCUCAGGAUAGCAGACUGCUGUUUGAGUCCCGACGCUGAAAUGACCCUUCUGGCCUUCGCUCUGGCCAGAGGCAGCGUGGCCAAAGUCCUCCAGACCCUGACCUGCAUCAGUGAUCAUCUACAGACCAAGUACAAGGCCUCCUCGCUCAUCGUGUCCAUGGCUUCAGUGAGGCUACGAUUACUCUAUCGUAACGGAAAGCCCCUCCAGCUUCACCUGCAGGCCUGUGAUGUGAAGAGUAAGGAGGAGAAAUCGGGACCAGAGAACAUGCUGGUAGAGUCGUCCACAGGAGACGGUUUUCUCACUGAGAGCGGCAGGAGGAAAGCCAGCGUGAUCCUGUCCACGGAGGACCAGAGCAACUUCCAGGUUACUCAGAUGAAGAUCAAAGUGCGAAAAGGAGCCAUCGGAGCAAAAUGUGGUCUGGUUUUUGCGUACAUGGAGGAAGAUCCUUUUGAUGCAGAGAAACAUUUUAAAAGGUUUAAAAAGUUUGACUCCUGGAGCUACAAGGAGUACAAAGAGUUCGUACAAGACAAUGUGAGGAUUUCAGCCCAGAAUGUGGAUGAGCCCAUUGGCUGGUUUGAACUGGAGGAUGACUGGAAUGAUGUGGAGAUCAAGCUGCAGCAGUGUCGCGUUGCCAAGUUCCUGAUGGUGAAAUUCCUCAGCACCAGGCAGGACUCCGCUGAGCGCCUCGGCGUGCAGACUCUUAGCUUCAGUGGCUACCUUUGCCCAGGAUCCGAGAGGCUUGUGGACCUGGAUGACCUCAGUGGACAGGGAGACAACUUUACUCCCGAUUCUGUCACUGGCCUCUGCCUGCUAAACAAGACCUUGUUCUUCGUCCAGCAGCUUACACGAGACAUGGACGCCUCUUACCUCAAGCAGAAAUACCUUCUGGACUUCAACGGUCUCAGUCUGAGCCUCUUCUGGAACUUGUACACUAAACUCAGGGAGCUUGAUGGCGAGGAGGAGAUGAAGAGCAGGGUUCUGCUCCUACAGCUGAUGCAGAAUUGUUUUCCCAUGCUGCCCAACCCGCUGGAGCCUCCGAACACAGAGGAGAGCGGAGGGUCAGAGGGAGGCUCCUCAGCAGCAGCAGGUCCCUCCAGCACUGGAGAACCUCAACGUCCCUCUACAACGGCUGUGUCGGAACUCUACACUCACUUGUGUGAAAUUGUGGACGGUCCAGAGGGCAAGACUUUAAUGGAAGCAGCUUUGCACAAAGAGGCAGUGAAGGCCCUUCUCAGCGGAGCAGCAGUGUUCUUCCCUGAUAAACUCGACAGGCGGAACAAACUGUUCAACAUGAUGAAGAAUAUCGUAGAGGAGGACCAGCCAGAGUCGAUGAAGGUGACGUUCGAGUCUCUUUGUAACUACUUCAGCGAACAGGACCCCAGCGGCCUUCUGCUGCUGCCCCCUAAAGGAGCUCCGUCAGACUUUGACAUCAGCCCAAUGCUGUCGGUCACGAAGAUGCUGCUGUUGGUAGCAACUAGAGAGUGUGAGGGUCUGAUGGUGGAUGAAAGCAGCGGGAGCAGCAGGGCGGUCCUGCUGUCCUUGUUCUGGGCUCUGCAGGGAAGUCUGCUUUCCUGGUGUUACCUGCAGCUGAAAGGCGGAGCGUCCACGCCGGUGGCACUGGAGCUGUCCAGAGACAUCCUCCUAAAAUAUGUGGAUCAGUUCUUGGGAAGCGUCAAAGCAGUACUCGAGUCCCUGCUGGAGAUGUUCACCAGCUCUGAAAUCACAGACAAACUGGGCAGCUCCAUCCUGGCCAAAGUCUUCAGACAGCUGAUGAUUUUCCUGCUGGAGUUGUGCCCCCUGGACAUUCCUCACAGCGUGCUGCUGAAGAGCUUCUCCUCUCUGGUGGAGCUGAUUAAGAGCCUGUCGAGCAACACUGGAGACAUCUUCUCUAAGGUGGAUCAGGAGAGCUGGCACCAGCCUCAGAAGCCAGUCAUCCUGAGGACCUGGAGCCUGGAAUCUCCUCACAACUACGAGAACAGCCGUCACGAGACGACCAUCUUCGCCUGUCCCGGUGCGACCUCGUUCGAGGUGGAGUUUGAUGAGCGCUGUGAGACUGAGAAGAGAUACGACUAUCUAGAAUUCACUGAUUCCAGAGGUGGGAAGGUGCGCUACGACAUGAAGGUUGGGACUGAGAAAUGGCCAAAGAAGGUGACGUUCGAUGCCGGCCCUCAGCUGCAGUUCCUUUUCCACUCGGACAGCAGCAACAACGAGUGGGGUUACAAGUUUUCGGUCACAGCUCUGGGACUCCCAGAUAUCACCAUUUCCUGGAUGUCUGACCUGCAGCUGCUCGUGGCUCGCCUCAUGGGUCGCCUCGCCUCCAGAACCCUGGCUUUGAAAUCCCCAUAUGAGAUUCGCACCGUAAAGAAGAUCCCGCCUGGAAAAGUCUGCCACGUUCAGUCUUCCCCUCUGUGGAAACCCAUCCUCCGACAUGGACUGUACGAAAAACGGGAAACGAAUCCGACUAAAACAGUUCCAGACCAGACGAACACGUGGACUCCAGAUGACUUUCUGGUCUUCCUGGAGGAUUUUGCACGUUGGAACCCUUCCCAAGAUGUGAAGAACAGUCGGACAGAACUAAUGAGGAACCUCAUGCAGACCUGCAGAAAACAGCCAAUGAGAAAUGAGAUAGCAGCCGGGCCAAAGACAGACCAAGCUGUGAACGCCAUUUGGGCCGCCAUGGUGUACCACACACCCGCUCUGAACCGGGCCCUGAAGACCGGCGUUAAUCCUGACGGCAGUGUGUGCCUGAGCGAGGAGUUUGUGCAGGUUUAUGCUCUGGCAGACAGCAUCCGAACGUGGAUGUUGGAGAUGAAGCAGCGAUAUCUCGUUGGAAAAAUGAUCGUACAGGAAGAUGAUGAAGAGAGUCAAGAAGAGGUUACCAUGGAGACAGUAGCUGAAAUGUUGAUUGAGAAGAGCCUCUUGCUGUUUCGAUUCGCUCCUUGUGGAAAAUCAUGUCAUGGCAGCGACUCCUUAAAAGUGACAGAGAGCAGCUUUGCUCCUCUCCUUCGCCCCGAUUCAAUCUCAGAAGGAGACUUCCAGCCCAGUUCCUCCUCUCCUCAGACCGGAUGUCCCAAGGAGGCUGGUGAUGCCAGAUCAGAACCGAGUCAGCCGCCCAACGCUCCGGUUCCAAACCCCUCUUCAGCUGAGUACAGCCGGCAGGAGAGCGCCUCAUCCCAGCCGGCAGAACCAGCCUCACCCUCCAUCCUCUCCCACAAGGCUCCGUUGAGUCGCUCACGCCUUCGCCUCCUGUCCUGCCGCUCUGUUGAGGAGCCCCGCAUGACGCCAUCGGUCAAAGAUCGCUAUCCGAUCCUCAAACACAUCCUGAACUUCAUGAAGGAUCAGGCUUUCACGACAGCGAGCGUUCUGCACACCCUGGCCCUCAGCACAGCCCAGGCCCGGAGCGUGUGUAAGGUGCUGGAGAUGAUUCAGCAGUGUUUGCGUUCCCUGGGACAGCCGCACCUCUUCCAGCCCCCCUGCAUCCUGUUCCUGCAGGAGCUGCUGGCGUGUCAAAAAGACUUCACCAGCUAUUUUACUCAGCUGUCCGACAGCGGGCAUAAACUGGGAGAGGAGGUGAGGCGCUCCUAUCAUCAGCUGCUGCUCAUGCUCGUGGAGGCUGUCCAGAGCUUCAGUAGCUUAAACGAAGAAGCUCUCCUCCCAGCCCUAUCCUGUGUGCAGACCUGCCUCCUGCACCUCCUUGACAUCAACUGGGAGGCUCAAGACCUCCUUCUCUUCCUGAACAUCAAGCUUCCAGAGCUCCUGCUCGGCAUGUCCCAGGAGAACAUCAGCAUUCACGACAUCGCCAUCAGUCAGUGGACGGAGGAGGAUGAGAUUGCAGACUACAAGAAGAACCAGGAGUGGAUGGAUGAGUGUAUGGACGGCAUGUUUGAGAAGUGGUACGACAAAAUCGAUGAGGACGAGUGCGUGGAUGACAGGAGAAAGAUGCACAUGUUCAUUGCCCGCUACUGCGACCUGCUCAAUGUGGUGAUCUCCUGCGACGGGUGUGAGAGGAUGGCACCGUGGCAUCGCUACAGGUGUCUGCAGUGCUUGGAUAUGGACCUCUGCAAGACCUGCUUCCUCAGUGGCGCUAAGCCCGAGGGCCACGAGGAUGAUCAUGAGAUGGUGAACAUGGAGUACGCCUGCGAUCACUGCCAGGGACUGAUCGUAGGCAGCAGGAUUAACUGUAACGUGUGUGAGGAUUUUGACCUGUGCUACGGUUGCUAUGACGCAAAGAAAUAUCCCGACAGUCACUUGCCCACCCACCGGAUCACAGUGUUUCCCAUGGUGACCAUCCGAAUCAGCGACCGCCACCGCCUGAUCCAGCCCUACAUCCACAACUACUCCUGGCUGCUGUUUGCCGCUCUGGCGCUGUACACGUCUGAGCUGUGCAGCGAGAAGCAGACGGACAGAGACGACCUGGACAGCAGGACUCUGGAGCAGGCCUCGGCUCUGCAGACGCGCUGCUCCCGUCUCAUCACUGACUGUCUGCUCAAGAAACAAACUGGCAAAGGUCUCCGCUCUUCCACCUUGAUCGCGCUGCUGUCCUCCAACGAGUCGGUGUCUGAGAGUGAAAUGUGUCCAGCAUCUCCGGAGACGUCCCAGGAGCUGAGCACAGCCACCGACACGUCCUCGCUGCCUGGCAGCACCGCAGCGAUCUGCUCACCGUCGUCCCCCAGGGACAAGAGUAAACCAGCAGGAAAGGACAAAAGAGCAGAGUUGUCCUUUCCACCAAGCUCUGGGGACGGAGACAAGGAGAAGCUGGUUGCUCAAGACACUCUGGACUCCGCUAGUCUGAGCCAGACGCCCUCUGUGUCCAGCGAAGACCCACUGUCUCCUGUGGUGAGAACCUCAGAGUCUGGACCAGAAGCACUGAAUUCUUCAGCAUCUGACGUUUCUAAGGAGACAGAUGAGAGACUGCCCCAGGUUCCCCUCCAGGACUACGUGUUUUCCGAGUGUUCCAGGGAGAGGAUCCUGGGACUUCUAGCAGCAAUGCUCCCACCAGCUAAACCAUGCAGAACCAUGUCUCUACCCAGUCUGAGCUCCAUCCUGCCACACCUUUUCAGGGCAGUUAUUUCCAACGCCGGCUCUCUGAACAAGACCUUCCACCUCACGCUGGGACUCCUUGGUCAGCUGCUGCUGCGGAUCACUCCGACAGAAGCGGACGCCGCCGUCACCGAGGCUCUGGCUGACAAGUACGACCUGCUGACUCAAGGGGAGGUGGCGUGUUCAGACACGCAGGGCUGGAAGACCACCCAGCUGCUCUUCUGCCUCGGGGCUGCCUGUUUAGACAGUCGUAUUGGUCUGGACUGGGCGUGCACGGUGGCGGACAUCCUUCACAGCCUGAACGCUUGUCCUGAGUGGAGCACGGUCAUCGCUGCCUUCACUGACCACUGCGCUCAGCAGCUUCCACACAGUCUGAAACGGAUUAACCUCUUCACUCUGCUGGUGCUGGUGGGCUUCCCCGAGGUGCUGUGCGUGGGCACUCACACGGUGUUUAUCGACAACGCCAACGAGCAGCACAACAUGAUCCUGCUCAAGCACUUCACAGAGAAGAAUCACGCGGCGGUGGUGGACGUCAAGACGCGCAAAAGGAAAACAGUGAAGGACUACCAGCUCAUCCAGUCUCAGGAUUCCUCCACAGCUGCUUCUUCUGCACAAUCAGAGAACCAAGGCCUCCAAAACACACUUCUGAGUCGCUACCUGAGCAACUUCACCUCCGUGAUCAGCCACCUCCUACAAACCAGCCAGGAGAAUGGGUCUUCUGAUGCCGUGGAGGCUUCCUGGGUCCUGUCUUUGGCUCUUAAAGGCCUCUACAAUACACUCAAGAAGCACGGCGUGGAGAGCUCCCAGGAGGCCAUUCGGCAGUCGGGGCUGACCCAGCUGCUGGUGAGGAAGUGCAGCAAAGGAACUGGCUUCAGCAAGCUGUGGCUGCUGCGAGACCUGGAGAUCCUCUCCAUCAUGCUCUACUCCUCCAAGAGGGAGAUUCAUUCCAUGGCUCAGGAUUCCGAGCGGGACCAGAGGGAGCAGGAGAAGGAGCACGACUCGGACCACUCCAGCUCUGGAGCCGACGACGCCGACGUCAACAGACCCGACCCACUAGAAGGUCUCGACGAGGAGACAAAGAUUUGCUUCCAGAUCACCCAUGAUGCCUUAAACGCUCCGCUGCCGAUCCUGCGAGCCAUGUACGAGCUGCAGAUGAAGAGGACGGACUCCUUCUUCCUCGAGGUGCAGAAGAGAUUCGAUGGAGAGGAAAUAAAAACGGAUGAGACGAUCCGAACGCUGGCUCAGAAGUGGCAGCCCUCCAGGCGGCCUCGUUCUGAGGAGAGGAACUGCAAAGCCGUGGACACCGACAUGAUCGUGGUGACCUGCAUGCAGUCUAAACCCAGCCACUGUGAAAAGGCUACAGAGGAAAUCAACGUGGUGGCUCAGAAGCUCAUCACCAAUUCAGAGAGCGACCUGCAGCUGAGCUACGCGAAGCAGAGACGCUCCAAAAGCUCGGCUCUGCUGCACAAAGAGCUGGACGUCCGCAGCAACCGGGCAGUUCGGCAGUACCUGGUCAAGGUCAACCAGGCCAUCGCCACGCUGUACGCCCGCCACGUGCUGGCGCUGCUGCUGGCCGACUGGCCUGCGGAGGCGCUGCUGAGCGAGGAGGCUCUGGAACUGAACGGGUCGUCGCACAUGGCUUACAUCCUGGAUAUGCUGAUGCAGCUGGAGGAGCGGCCGCUCUGGGAGAAGAUUCUCCAGAGGGUGCUGAAGGGCUGCAGCCAGAGCAUGCUCAGCAGUCUGUCUCUCACGGCGUGUCAGUUCAUGGAGGAGCCCGGGAUGGCCGUGCAGGUCCGGGAGUCCAAGCAUCCAUAUGACAACAACACCAACUUUGAGGACAAAGUGCACGUCCCCGGGGCCAUCUACCUGUCUGUAAAAUUCGACUCUCGCUGCCACACGGAGGAAGGCUGCGAUGAGCUCAUCGUGUCCAGCAGCAGCGAUUUCCUCCAGGAUGUUCACAACUUCAGCGGAUCUCCUCAGAAAUGGUCCGACUUCGAAGUCCCCGGUGACACUCUCUACUACAGGUUCAUGUCUGAUAUGAGCAACACGGAGUGGGGCUACAAGUUCACCGUUACGGGAGGCCAUCGGGGUCGUUUUCAGACCGGUUUUGAGAUCCUCAAACAAAUGUUAGCUGACGAUCACGUGCUCGGUCAUCUGCCACUGGCUGAUAUCUGGGAGUGGCAAGUGGGCGUGGCCUGUCGUCAGACUGGAAACCAGCGACUUAAAGCCAUUCACCUGCUGCUGCGUCUGCUGCAGUGUCCGUCCCAGACAGCCUGUGAGCUGCUGCUGCUGCGACCUCUGUGGCAGCUUUUUAUGUCGAUGGAAAACAACCUGAGUCAGGAUCCCACCAGCGUCACUGUGCUGCUGCCUCUGCACAGAGCUCUCACUGAGCUCUUCUUCACUGCCGAGGCUCGUGCCAUUACACAGGGAAUCCUGCAGGAGUACCUGCUGGCCAUGACCACCCAUGAGCAGCUCCUCGGCCACACAGCGAUGGCUCUGAAGAACAUCGCUGCAAUCAGCUUGGCUAUUAGUUAUCCAAAUAAAUCCACCAAGCCACUAAACAUGUCCUCAUGAGAGAGCCCACCCCCUCAGAGGGAGGCGUUCUGGAGGAGGGGGACGACCUGACGCAGCCGCCUGGUUUAGUCGGCGAUACCCCCCCCCCCCCCCCCCCCCAAACUCCUCAGCACCGUGGACAUCCGCUGUGGAGGAGGUGGGGGAGCACACUCGGAGCACUUUCCACACUUCUACACCAUCCCUCGUUGCCUUAGGUGAAUCCAGUUUAUCAGCAUGUGCUUUCACAGAAAUAAGGGCGGUUGUUGGGUUGAAGUUUUUUUUUUUUUUUUUAACUUAAAGACGCCGGGCUGAAGGCUAAAGGGACAUGACGCGUGCCAAAACUAGCAACCUUCAAGGAAAAUCUGUCCCCCCUUUUUUUGUUUUUAAUGUUCCUGUGCUUUUCCUGAACAGCAGUCGCUCUGGAGUACCCGGUUCAUCUGGGUGAAAACGGGUCGCCUUUGCAACAGUCGAGUCUCAGCAGACACGUAGAGCAUCCUAAGAAUACUGUCCAGGACGUAGGCGUGUCAUUAGUCACCGCCGAGUGAACGAUACAACCCAAAAACCCGCUCCACUCCUCCUCUCUUCUCAUCCAUCUUCUGUCCACCCUGUUUACCAGACAAACAGGAAGAGGCUCAGCAUGACCUCACGUCACGGAAAAGAAAAUAACUCCAGACAAAUACUGAACGUCUUAAAGUCCCUUUCUCUUAUCCGCACAUUUCUUAGUUUAAUAUUAAAAUUGAUCUCCUGGUCCUGGUUUGUUUUCAUAGCAGCUGGUCAGAGUCAAAACAUUCUGCUCCCUCGAACCCAACGAACGCGGAUGUGAACGGCAUCCAGAGGAACGCCGCACAACCUUUCAUCCACCUUUUACUCCCCAAAAAGGUUUUUAGUUUUUUUUAGUCACCAGAUAGUUUUAUACCAAAGAAACCAACCUUUGUGAGCCAUAAAACAUCUCGACAGAUGAGAAAAAGUUUCUUUCCCAUGUUUAGGUAAAAAAAUCAAUUUUAAAGCACCCCCGCCCCCGUGCAGGACAGCUCGUGGUUUUUGUUUACAGACAUCGGCUGCAGAGAAGAAGAAAUGCAUGGCCUCCACUUGGCUUCCAUGACGCCUCACAUAUCUACGACGUGCCUAUAGUUUAAACCGAAGCAAUGGUGAUUUAUCUCAUGUUCUAUUUUAAAAGAGAAAUUUAUCGUUUAAUGUCUUUUGUAACUUUUUACGUUCUUUUGCUUAUUUUGCAGUGAUGCUUGAUUCAAGGCGGCCUAAUUUGAAUGUAAAUAUCUGUGAAUAUCAGUUGCACAGGUUAAAGACUUUGAUAUCAACCCCUUAAAUGAAUAAAGAACUUUAUCAAGCACGA